CUUGGAGACAAGAUCACUUGAUUGUCUGGCUUGUUUACAUGCCGUCGUUACAUGGCUGAAGUACUGCUAUGCUACAGGCAAAAGAAAAGUUCCAUUGUCAGACAAGAUGGAAUGUAGUGGGCACAAGCCGCCGAUGCAAAGUCUGAUAAUUAUCAUUCUGGUGGAAAUGGUUCUGCUCAGCCAUCACGUUGACGCCAAGUGCGUGUCUAAGGCUCGUCGAGUCGUGAAGGCUGGCUGUAAGGAACACUGUCCCGAGAACCAAUGGCCCGAGGAAUGUACUGACUGUGUCAGCGGCUUCUAUGGGCCUGACUGUAGACGGAGCUGCCGAGGAAACUGUUUACAUGGGCGGUGUGCCCUACUGGCCAAUGGUCGAGCCGUCAACUGUACGGAGGGGUGUGUGUUGGGGUGGAGGGGGUUAACAUGUAGUACUAGGUGUAAGCGUCCGUGUCUGGAGUGUGACAGAUACACGGGAGAUUGUGUGGGACAAUGCAGGGAUGGAUUCUAUGGACCUGAAUGCUUACAACGAUGUCUAUAUCCAUGUUCUAAGUGUGACAAAAGCACUGGAGAGUGCUUGUCUAACUCUUCUGAUGCUAUUGACCUAAGCCUGAAGAAAAACAAAAUGCCUGUGGCAUUAAGGCAGACACACGGUAACAACACACGCAAGAUUCACACCAGCAACAUCAACAUGUCACACAGCAGUCGAGAGCCACACCAACACCUUGCAAUGCCGUCACCAUCCUCCAGUGACAGAUGGGCAAUAUCCCCAUACUUUUCAACAGCAAUUGCUGUAUUAGCUGCAGUAAUUACCUUCAUUAUUGUCGGUUUCAUCUUCCACAGAAUGAAGGUGACGAUGGAGCAAAAGGGGAAAGAAGUUCAGGUUGUAAACUCGACUCAAACGGAGAGUCUAAUCGGCUCUUAUUAUUCCGAAGUGACGAGUUUCCAUGAAGCCGUUUUAAUUGAUGUAUCCCAUGUGCCUGAAGAUUCAUAAUUAAAUACAAGUUAUGAAUACA